GCGGAGGCUGGUGGCCGAGCCCGGCAGGCUUCUGUCGCCGCACCGGCAGCGGUGGCUCGGGGACUGACAGACCGAGCCAGGGCAGCAAGCCGCCCGGGGCAGGGCUCGGGAGAGCGGGUCCCCGCAUGCGGCCCCGGCCCUGCAGGUGCCCCCAUGCUGCCCCAGCCCCCGGCGCGCCGUGCUAGCCCCCAGCCAGGGCGCGGGGAGGCGCGGUGGCCAUGGCCAGCCACGUGGACCUGCUGACGGAGCUGCAGCUGCUGGAGAAGGUGCCCACGUUGGAGCGGCUGCGCGCCGCCCAGAAGCGCCGGGCCCAGCAGCUGAAGAAAUGGGCACAGUAUGAACAGGACCUGCAGCAUCGUAAGCGCAAGCAUGAGCGGAAGCGCAGCACCGGCGGCCGGCGAAAGAAGGUGUCCUUCGAGGCCAGCGUGGCCCUGCUGGAGGCCUCGCUUAGGAAUGAUGCUGAAGAAGUGCGUUACUUCCUGAAGAAUAAGGUCAGCCCUGACUUGUGCAACGAGGAUGGACUCACAGCCCUGCACCAGUGCUGCAUCGACAACUUCGAGGAAAUUGUCAAGUUGCUCCUUUCCCAUGGGGCCAACGUGAAUGCCAAGGACAACGAGCUGUGGACGCCCCUGCAUGCCGCGGCCACCUGCGGCCACAUCAACCUGGUGAAGAUCCUCGUUCAGUAUGGGGCCGACUUGCUCGCCGUCAACUCUGAUGGGAAUAUGCCCUAUGACCUCUGCGAGGAUGAGCCCACGCUGGAUGUCAUCGAGACGUGCAUGGCAUAUCAGGGCAUCACCCAGGAGAAAAUCAACGAGAUGCGGGCAGCUCCCGAGCAGCAGAUGAUUUCGGACAUCCACUGUAUGAUUGCAGCGGGCCAGGACCUAGACUGGAUCGAUGCCCAGGGCGCCACACUGCUGCACAUCGCUGGGGCCAAUGGAUACCUGCGGGCAGCCGAGCUCCUCCUGGACCAUGGUGUGCGCGUGGAUGUGAAGGACUGGGAUGGCUGGGAGCCCCUGCAUGCAGCUGCCUUCUGGGGACAGAUGCAGAUGGCAGAGCUAUUGGUGUCCCAUGGGGCCAGUCUCAGUGCUAGGACGUCCAUGGAUGAGAUGCCAAUAGACCUGUGCGAAGAGGAAGAGUUCAAGGUCCUGCUGUUGGAGCUAAAACACAAGCACGACGUGAUCAUGAAGUCCCAGCUGAGGCACAAGUCAUCCUUGAGCAGGAGGACAUCCAGCGCGGGCAGCCGCGGGAAGGUGGUGCGUCGAGCCAGCCUGUCCGACAGGACCAACCUGUACAGGAAGGAGUAUGAGGGGGAGGCCAUACUAUGGCAGCAGCGGAGCGCAGCGGAGGACCAGCGGACGUCCACCUACAACGGGGACCUCCGGGAGACGCGGACAGACCAAGAGAAUAAGGACCCGAACCCCAGGCUGGAGAAGCCCGUGCUACUCUCCGAGUUUCCUACCAAGAUCCCACGAAGUGAAAUGGACGUGCCUGUGGAGAACGGCCUCCGGGCUCCGGUCAGCACCUACCAGUAUGCGCUGUCCAACGGAGAUGUCUGGAAAGUGCAUGAGGUGCCCGACUACAACAUGGCCUACGGCAGCCCUGGCGUGGCCGAUGCCACCCCGCCCUGGAGCGGCUACAAAGAACAGAGCCCCCAGACGCUGCUGGAGCUGAAGCGGCAGCGGGCUGCAGCCAAGCUGCUCAGCCACCCCUUCCUGAGCACCCACCUGGGCAGCAGCAUGUCCAGGACGGGCGAGGGCAGCAGCGAAGGCAAGGCCCCCUUGAUCGGAGGCAGAACUUCACCGUACAGCAGCAACGGGACCUCGGUGUAUUACACGGUCACCAGUGGAGACCCUCCGCUCUUGAAGUUCAAGGCCCCCAUGGAGGAGAUGGAGGAGAAGGUCCACGGCUGCUGCCGCAUCUCCUAGUCUCCAUGGGAUGGAGGCGAGAGAUGCUUCGAGGGAGGGUCCCUGGAAUCCAGGCCAGCCCAGCAGUCCUGGCUGGGGAGGCAUCACAGGUGGCUUCAGGGAGGUGGGCUCUGCUUUCCAGAGGAACACUGACCCCACCUCUCAGCCAGUUGCCCAUAGCAUCACCACUUCCCACAGUUCUGCUUCCUGCUGCAUUGUCUGCCAUCAAAACCAAGGCCCAAAGUGGCUUCUGGACUCAUCCUGCUGUCAGAUUUUGGGAGGGCGGGCUGGGGUUCCAGUUCUGUUGUUGGUAAAGGCUUCUCUGGACUCGUACUCACAUAUCACAUACCAACACAUACACACACACACACACACACACACUCAACAUGUGUAGGGAUGACAUGGCUGGGCUUAUGGGAAGCAAGCGAGACUGAGAAUUUGUGGGCUCUUCCCAAGAGGGUAGGGGUUAGGACUCAGAGUUUCGUCACCACUGCCCACAUGGCUUCAGUGGGGGAGGGGCCUGCUAAGCUGAGACCCCGGGUCCUGUCCUGAGUCCUACCAGGGCUUGGUGUCCUCACCCACAUCUGGUUCAGAGGGAGCUAUGCACCCACAUGGGGUGGGUGAGACGGGCAGAGGCCUGCUCCCCACAGCCUUGCCUGCGCCAAGAGCCAGUGUGUGACCACCCAGGGGCCAAGGUGGGAAACCAGGUGAUUCCAUUUCUGGAAUAACCCAGAUCAUAUUUUGCUCUUGGAUGGAAGCAUCAGCAAGUGGAGGGGAGGGGGAACAAAGUCAGUGUUUUCCGAAAGUGCAUCUGCUCAAAGAAUUCUUUUAGGCUGUCAAACUCCAGGUGGGAGGGCACCGAAUUCGCUUUCUUUCAUGGACAGCGUCACAAUCACUAGGUUUUACUGAGUGGUGCUGGAAAAAUGAAGCUAAGUGAGGAGCUUCGGUAGGGAGGGCUUUUCCAGGAAGAGAGGUGAGUUUGUGCUGUCAGUUUCUGCCAAUGUCUCUAGUGCCCUUUGACAGAGCCCAGUCCCCUGGCCAAUCUUGGUGAAUAUUCAACUGGUUUCAGUCCAGCCCAUCUCAGGCAACUGUUCUCAGACUGAGCCAUCAGAGUGAGCAGUGGUAGGGGGCUGCUGGAUCCGCCACCUCUCCCAGGGUGAAUGCACAGAACUCCUGGCCGAGCUUUGCUUUUUCUGGAAGGCUCAGUGAAACAGGUUUGCCAGGUGGCCCUUGUGAGUUCCUGUCUGACCCAGGGGGCCCUGCACCCGCCAGAGUGGUGACACUCCAAGGCUGCAAACCUAAGGGGCCCAAGACCAACCGGCUGUACCACAUUCAGGAGAGCAGUGGUCUGGCUGGAGUGGGGUCUUGCCCCAGCUACAGUUCCAUAGCUCCAGCCUUUCUGAAGCCGGAGAGGAGGACCUGGGGGUCCGGCUGCCUGCCACUCUCCACUGCAUUCGCUCACGAGCCCCUCUGAAAUUGUUGCCCAAGAGUUGGCCGCUGUCCAUGGGCUCAGCCAAAACCUACCAGUGUAACUAACUAGCGGCAGGUUUGUUUCCUGCUCUGUGCGCCUUCUACUUGUCCUAAAACUACCUCUUUAGAGCUCUGAAGGGGUGCCUGAGGUCCAGAUUUUUUAAUGUGGGGGCCAGAUCUGGGUUCCCUUUAACCCUUUUCUUUCUGAGCCUAUGAGAAAUUCUCCCUAAGGGACAUCUGGGCCAGAAGCUAGGGCUGGAGGAGCCCCCUUGUGCCACAAUCCCGGAAAUGGGGUCUGCUGUUUGUCCCAGUCCCCCACGGUGCCCCCAUGGCUCCUGUAGCCCAGAGGACAGAGAAGAUCCCACAGGGCACAGAGGAGCCCAGCUAGAUCCCAGGGGGGCUGGCUGAUGCUUUACCAAGGCAAGACGGCUGGGCUGGAGAGCAGGGGCCUCCCUCAGGGGAGUCACUGCGCACCUGGUGGCUCCUGGAUGCAAGGAGAGUCACAGCACUGGGCUACUCCCACCCCCAGCUCCAGGACAGAUCCAAUCUAGGGUGGAAAGGCAAGUCGGGCAGCUGCAGACAGGUGUGCAUGACACCUGCCACAUCCUGGGGUCUGGGGCCAGCUCUCCAUCAUCUCAUCCUAUGGCUGGAACAGGGCAGGGAUGAUCCUAAAUACACAUACCUUUAGGCUUUAGAAUAGUGUUCAGAUCAGACACUGAGUGACUUGAGCUAUGGGCUGGCAGGUGCCGAGGGAAGCCACACACUCUUAGGAGAGAGCUGUGCAGGUUUUCAGACCUGUUUGCUCAGGGGCCAGAGAUUGAAGGCAUUUAUAGCCCCCUCUGGGCCCUUCUGGCUAUUCCCUCCUUCCUCCCUCGCUUCCUGCUUCCUGGGUCAUUCCUCUCCCACACAGGCUGUGAAUCCCAGCUGAUUCCCUGACAGGAGCCAACUGUGGAUGCUUGGACAUGAGCUCAUGUUUUCAGUCAGGGAUAAACCAUUCCCUUCAAGGACCUGGGGAACGUUCCUUGUGGAUCUCCUUGGGGUUGAGGGACAAGCCGGGUCCAAGGCCAUUCAUUUAUUCACUCGUGUGGUUUAUUGAGUAGCCGUGAUGCACUAGGCACUAUGCUCAGUCCUGGAGAUAAAGGAGGAAGGAGACUGCUCUUUACAGUUCUCAUCCCUUGAGGACCACAGGUAUCAGCAGCCCGGUUUGAUUCACCUGAGGCAGAAAGACCGAAUCCUGGUCCAGCAACCUUUUGCUUUUCUGCUCCCAGAAUCCCUAGAGUAUGAAUCUCUUUAGCUGGGAAUUUGCUGACAUGGACACCCCUGGAUAACAUUUGCCAUUAUAUUGAGAUGCUAGAUCUUGGCUUCCAGGCAGAAACCAUCCCAAGUCCAUUCAGGGAUAGCUGCCUUCAGGCCAGCAUCUUUUGGGCACUGUGUAAUAGCAAUUUGAAGUCAGCGUCUAGAAGAAAAAGCAGUCUGGAAUUUGCUGCCAAAUGCACCUCAGGUUCUUAAGCUCAUUGUCUCUUGCUCAUUUUUGCUCAUUUAUUCCCAAGUCCUCCUGCCCCACCAAUGGAUAAUGGGAGGAAAAAGAGCUUCUCCUUUAACGUUGAAGCCUUUCCUCAAGAGUUUGCCUCUGUUCGUGGCCAAUGAGGAUCAAGGAGCUGGGAGAGAGCUGGCAAGGUUGACCAGAUGCCCAGCUCCCACUUAGCCCCGGGUCUGGUGGCAAUUGCUGGCAGAUUAAAGGAGGCUACUUCUCAAGCAGUUGCCACAUGGCUCCCUGGGAGCUCUGGCCCUUGCUCCCACCCUUUGCCGCAAACAGUUGAAAAUUGGUGGCUAUCACAGAGAGUGAGUUUCUGGCCAGUAGCUCAGGGAAGCUGAAUGAACCCUAGGCCCAGGUCUUCUGAAGACUUCAGGAUGUAAUUCUCCAUCAAGUAUGUAGCGCUGAUGCAACUGCUCUGUACUGUUUGAUCAAUUUCAAUAGGCUUAGAAAAGUUAGCAGGGGUGUGUGUUCCCUGUCCCACUCACCAGUUUGCUGGCCUUGUGAUAACGUGAGACCCUUUUGGUUAUCGGUGUCAGAUACCUUUUGAUCUUAGGUUCUCUCUCCCUCUUGCUUUCCCAGGGCAGAACACUGGGACAUUUUCUAGAAGGGCGCUCCUUAUAGGAAGCCCAGAGGGACUGUGCUUAACUCUAUUGCUAUUGUGGCUUGGGGACUGUCUCCCCCCUCCCCCCGCCCCCGCCACAUGGCACCUAAGAGCAAAGGGUCAUGUGGUCAGUGGGUGACUCCACAGAAGUGACCGCCUUUGCUAGAAGCUCUCCCCAACAGAGUUUCUUGUUGACCAGCUGGCCAGAGGGCCUGCUUCCCAUGGGCAUUGCAAGUGCGGGGCCUGGCUCUGCACACCCAGGAGAAGUCCGCAGACCCCAGCCCUCCGCAAUAAUUCACCAGACCAGAAGCCACUGAUGUACAGAGAACACUUAAGAAAAAUGUAUUUUAUGUGAAAAAAAAAAAAAGGUUAAAACUCUGUAUACUGUAUCAGCAGCUUUGUGUAAAAAUGGCAAUCAAGAGAGUCUAAUAUAUUUAAAACUUUUUUUAAAAAAAAAAAAAAACCUCGCGGAUCUUUGAUAUUGUAUUGAAAUAACUUCUGGGUAGCUCCUCGCCAUGUGGCAGUGGUGGGCCUUGGGUUUUUGAGACCGUGGCUCAACCACAUGCCAAAGGGGCGUGCCCCUGGAGUUGCUUCCAGCUGCCAAGGCCUGUGACAGAAUUCGCUGUUAAGAGUUUUUAAUUAAGAUUAUUAAAUUCCUUUUAAUAACA